UAUUUCGAAUUCACGAAUUAUUUAUUUUUGAAGAAAUCUUUCGUUUAAAUUUGAAUACGUGUUUUUUAAGCAAUAUGUGGAUGAUUGUAUAAAGGGCUUGCUAAGUAAUAAAAAUAAAAUUCAAUAUACACUCGAUAAAUUUAAUAAUUUUAAUAACGUGAAAAUUGUCUAUGUUUGACAAGGAAAAUAAAAACAAAUUGCGCCAAAAGCCGACUUUACAAUGAAAAUAUUCUUACUACGAGAUCCUGGUUGUCUUAAGUGUGUGUUCUUAUGUAAUCAGAUUGCCACAAUGGCUCUAAAAUUUAAUUUAAACUUUUUUUUAAGGCUUCGAAAACGACCUAAAAAUUAUUUAAGGAACAGUUUCAUUUAUCAGUCUGCCGAGCCGAGUCUUCAAAUAUAUCAAUCGAUACUAACUUUUAGUACUUUUAUCCCUGCAGAUAUUUUCCAUUCAUGUAGCUCCGAUUAAAAGUGGGUUUGAUGAAUGACCAGCUUCGUCUAUCGAUUAGUGUCUUUCGCUGAAAGUGUUGAAGUGCAGUGAGUGAAAUGACGAUCUAGAAGGCAAGGUGGUGCAAAGCAAGUGGUUGAGAUCAGUUGUGAUCGACAGCAGCUGUCCCGGUGCCAAAAUUAACAUUCCGGGCGCACGAGACCCGAUUUUGUCCCGUGCAGCCAGAAGAGCGCCGGUCCGCGAGCUACUUUCGUGAGUGUUCGGAAACCGAGUCGGCACGCGUUGCCUCAGCCUCAGCCACCCCGGACUAACCGUGAGCGAGCCGAUGGUGGGGGUAGGGCCCCAUAGAAAACCCAUGACGAAGAGCUUCCGAAAGCAUUCAGCCGCGCGCCUUUGAGCAUUCGCGAUCUCUCCGCCUUUACCCCUCACUUGCGUAGUGUUUCGGUACCUCAGCACUCUUGUCCUUUAUGGCUCUGGCGAUGACCCUCGGCCAGAAAAACAUGUACAACGUGAUCCAGCACUCAAUGCCCCAGACCAACUGUGUGAUUGUGUCGCAGGCCCAGAAACAAUCGGUGAUCGGCGGCAAAAGGCCGCUGGCUCCUGCCCCCGAAAGGAGUUCGGUUCUAGUGUCCACCAGCAACAACAGCAACAACAGCAACGGCAGCAGUUGCAAGAGGAAAAUCCAGUUCAUGCCGUAUGGCACACCAAAUCAGCAGCCUGCCUCAGUGGCUCGCCGCAAUGCCAGAGAGAGGAAUCGCGUUAAGCAGGUGAACAAUGGGUUUGCUACCUUAAGGUCGCAUAUUCCGCAGAGUGUCGCCCAGACGCUGUCGCCGCAGCCCAACUCCAGCAGGGGCGCCUCCAAGAAGUUGAGCAAGGUGGAAACGCUGCGACUGGCCGUCGAGUACAUCAGGAGUCUGCAGCAGAUACUGGACGAGAACGAGGGCGAUCCAGGCGACAAUCAGGCCAACUUCUACGGCUCGCCCGAUUCCAACCAGCUCUACCAAAGUGCCUCCUAUUCAGUCCUGCUGCCCACGCCGUCCUGCUCGGAGGCAUCCGCCUCCCCGACUCCGUCCCACAGCUCGGAGGGCUCGUUUUCGGCCACUUCGGCUUACACGAACGCCCUGUACCAUCACACGGAAAACUACGAAAAUUACGACCCCAAGAGUCCCGAGGACGAGGAGCUGCUCGAUGCCAUCUUCUCCUGGCAGCAGGAAUAACCCGCGACCCGCCUUUAAAAGCCUCCAAAGGUUGUGCAGUUUCGGCCAGUCCCACCACCACUAGCUUACAAGUCCAGUGCCUUUGCUUCAUUCCAGUGAGAAGUGAUAUUUAUAUUUUCGAGAGUUUAUCACUGUUUUUUCUAGUCAUUGUUGUUGUACAUUUUGUAUAUAUGAAGAGUAGUUUAAGGCGUUGUGGUUCUCGAACCGACCAAUCAAAAUUCUCUAUUUAUCGCAAACAAGUACUUGCAUAGUGUUAUAAUAGUUUACUAUCGUACUGAUUAAUUUUAGGUUUCCUACUGUACAUUCGUUGCUUAGUGUAAGUUUUAGUCUAAGUCCGCCCUAUUGCCUUGCAGGUGAAAUAAACUCGAGUUUACAUUUUUA